AUGCACCGUGUAUUCAGCAACCUUGAUAUCAUCAGUCAAAUUGUUUCGGAUACUAUCCCUCCCGAUGAUACUAGACUGAAGGGCAGAGGCGAGUGGUACGACCACUGGGCAUUCCGAGUAAAGCUCUGGGCCAUCGGGCACGUCUCCCGCUUGUUUAGGACCGUGUUGAAGCUCCAGCUCCAGGACCAGCUCAUCAUCCGCAUCAGUAGCUCAUCGGUCGGCGCGGCGUUUCGUGGAGAACAUGUGUACUGUGCUACUAGCACGCCCAUAGAUGCUCUCGACACGUCGUGCGUGCAAGAACUGGUUCUCCAAUUCGACCAUUCUGCCGAUAGCGACGUUUUCGUUUCCAAGCUGUUUGACUUUUUUGACGCGCACGACUGGACUGCGCUACGCACUGUUUGUCUAUGCGAACGCAGCCAGACUAAGGUAUACUUUCCGAGCACGUCAGACGAGGAAGGGCUUGCGGCAACUGGCAUCCUGAAAAGGCUUAUCUCCACCAUUCCAGGAAUCGAUGGAGUGCGAUUUGAGUACAACCGUUGGUCACUACAGAAAACGGAUGAGCUCGAUGCAAUCAUUGGCCAGAGGACGGCAGCACUACGCCGACUGUCACUUGACCCCAAUCACCAGUUCAACAUAUCCCAUAUGGCGUUUCCGCAGCUGACAGUGUUUGAAUCUGGUGGAUGCACUACUGAUGAAGGGAGUCGUAGGCUGCCGCUGCUUUGCGCAGGAAUACUCCGAAGGAUCGUAUUCCAAUGGAUAACCAGGCGACAUUUCAUUUUGCUAUUCAAAGACAAGAGCGGCGGGUGUACUGUGUUUAGCGAGCUCGAGCAUUUGAGCCUCUCGUUUGAUUAUGAUCAUGACGAGCGUGUGGAUAUGAAUCUGGGCAUAUCUGAGCAUGUUGGCAUAUUCAGUUUCCCCAAAUUGCGGUACCUGUACAUUGCCAACGACACAUCGAAUCUACGGUAUUUUAUCCGAAACUUUGCUGGGUCUCCCCUCUCAAGACUCCAUGUUCAAGGAAACUGUAACUUCUUGAAGAAGGUCGAUUUCUCAAGAUUCACGCAGCUUGAGGAUUUAUACAUGUACCUGGAGUACCUUCAAGGCAACGAUGCGAAGGAGAUUCACCAGCGUGUGGUUACUGCAGGAAUGCCACUUCGCUUGGUGACUUUAGCAGUUAGCGAACACCAUGACCUACCGUAUAUUGCGCCAUCUGGUUGCCAUCUGGUACAAAAGUACGAGACUGUCGCAAUAAUGAAUUCAAGCCAGUUGAGCGAGUCGCUGGUGCUGAUGCCGUUCGUUUUCCGCCUUGCUUUUAGAUAUUACUCUCCUAACUGCAGCUCAGUUACUGUCGGGGAGAUCGCCAAUAUGCUUGCUCGUAUCGACUUGAAUCCGCUCAAUUCCCGACUGCAAGUUCUCCAAGCGCUCGACACACCGCAUAUGAAGUGCAGUGAUGGAUACGUGACAACCAUGGCUUUUGCCGAGCUGGUCCUUGUUAUUGCUCGACUGCCGAUGCUCCAGACACUAGAGAUCAAUACCGUUCCCGAGGAUUGUGAGGAGUUUUUCAGACAAGUAAUGCUUGUGUCCCAGUCAAGAGGUUUGGGCCAAAGCCUCAGUCACUUUCGGGUCGCUCCAGGUUAUCAACGCACGCGACUACAGAUCUGA